CCGCAUCGUUCAUUUUGUUUUCAAAAGUUUGUAUAAAAAAUAACAAAAUUGUUUAGUUCUAGAAUAUUUCACUCUGCCCCACGUAAUAUACUCUUUGCGGUAAUAAUACGUCCGGUACCUACUAGGCUACUAUGUAAUACCGGAUGCAGCGAAGUGUUAACUGUUGUGUGCACUGUGCUAAUUAAAAUUGUAAACAAAGACAAACGUAGAUACAAGUUCCAUCAUAAUUAUAAUAUUUGCAUUGGAUGAUUGUAUUUUGGAGAUUAGACACUUGGACAGUGUACACCGCAAUUUGCCAGAGGGUACAUUCAAUUUCGCAAAUUGAAGAUGCCAGCAAUUUCGGGAAAGUAUCAGCAUUAUAAAAAUGAAAACAUAGACGACUACUUUUCAGUCGUAGGUGUACCAUACUUGGCAAGAAAAAUGAUGGGAUUAUCGUCACCAGUAAUGGAAAUAUCGCUGGAUGGAAAUAAAAUGACCAUUAAAAAUGUAUCUUUAAUGAGAAAUGCAGAAAACACAUUUCAGCUAGGAGAAGAAUAUGAUGAACAAAUGCCUGGAAAUACCCUAAAGAGUGUCACUAAAAUUGUUAAUGACAAUGAAGUUAUAACAGAAUCAGUUAUACCAGAUUCGGGAGAUAAAUGCGGAAGACAUUACCAUUUUACGGAUGAUGAAUGUGUUAUAACUCUUACACAUGAUAAGGCAAAAACACCUGCCAAACGAUACUUCAAAAGGGUUACGGCAUAAGUAUAUUUUGUGGGCUUCAUAACAUGUGGAAUGAUAAUUAAGUGAUAAGAAUAUAAGCAUCAUAUUUCCAUUAUGUCUACUAUUUUAUAAUUUUUAUAAAUCACGUUUUUUACAUUUUAUUUUUAUACUUACCUUGUGAUAUUUUCUUGUGAUUUUUGUCUUUUAUAAUAUUUUAUGUAUGUCUAAGUAAAAAUGUUAUUUUGAUCUUGGGCGAAAAUAUUGAAAUUUAAAUAAAACAUUUUGAACUGUCCAAA